AUGGCUCCCGCUCGUUCUCCUCGGGAAUUGAACGUGUGCAUGGCAAAGCUCGCCCAGAAGGCCGAGCGCUACGAAGACAUGGCGAAUUUCAUGGGGAAGGUUGCCGCCGACGCCGAUAACGAGGAACUCACGGUGGAGGAAAGGAACCUUCUCUCCGUGGCUUACUCGCACGUCAUCGGAGCUCGACGUGCUUCUCGGCGUAUCAUUUCCUCUAUUGAAACGGAUGAGAGCCGCGGCAACGAGGACCACGACAUCAUCCGUGACUACCGAUCUAAGCUCGAGUCCGAGGUCGUCAACAUCUGUGACGAUAUCCUCAAUCUCCUCGAGUCUCAUCUGAUUCCUUCCGCUUUCUCUGGCGAUUCUAAGGUUUUAUACCUCAAGAUGAAGGCAGAUUACCUCAGGUACCUCGCCGAGUUAAAAACCGGAGCCGAGCUUAAGCUGGCUGCAGAUACCACUAUCGCCACUUACAAAUCUGCUCAGGACAUUGCCAAUGCCGAACUUCCUCCAACUCAUCCACUUAGGCUUGGACUUGCAUUGAACUUUGGUGUUUUUUACUAUGAAAUUCUUGAAUCUCCUGUUCAGGCCUACUUUAUUGGAAAAAAGGCUCUUGAUGAAGCGAAGUCUAAAUUGAAAUUUGUUGGAAAGGAAUCUCUUCAGAAGAGCACUUCGAUCAUGAAAUGUCUUAGCGAUAACCUCAUCAUCUGGACUUCCGAGUUGCAGAAAGAUGGUGGUGCUGCUGCUCAACCAGAUGAACCACAGGAGUAAUUGAGAUUUUAGACAUUCAUGACAUACAAAAUGGGUUCCUUCCCAUAUAGCACCAAGUUUAUGGCCAGUGGGGUUGUUUAUCUUGAAGACGGAUCCUAUACCAAUUUAAGUUGGGAUGGAAAAGGAGUUCCCAGUGUCAUUUUGAAGAGCAAUAUUAUCACAGGGAAAUGCGAUGUCGAUGGUUUCCUAUUUGGGGUAUCGGGAAAGAAACUGUGAUUCCGGUGGAUGGAUCAGUUAGUUUAGUGGAUCACCCAAGCAUAUGGCCUUAUAUGAUAAUUAAGCGAUGUGAAGGGAAUAUGUUUGCCGAGUUAUUUUUUCAUUAUUUUGCCAAAGAGACAGAUUAUCAUGGGAAGAAGAUACAACAAACUUGGCCUCCUUCUUGGGGGAGCAAGUGCGCCACCUUCAUCUUUUGCCACAUCCACCUCUAAAUAUUUCAAUUAUUAUAUGUAACAUGAAUUAAGUCUUAACAAAGAAGAGGAAGGAUGUCUCAAGCCGUUUGACCAAGUGGGGAGAUCCUAUUCCUAGCAAGCUUAUUGAGAAAAUUGAUGAAUAUAUCCCAUCUGAUUUAGCUAAGCUGCUAAAAAUAAAUGAGAAUUUGUCAAGUGGUGCUUGUAAACCUUGCUCCUGGAUACACACUGACUUUAUGGACGAUAAUAUUUACAUGGAAUCAUCAUCGGCUUGCUCUACCUCCAGUGGGAAUACAGAAGAUGCUGCCCAGGUGGACAAUGGUUUAUUGAGUGAUCAUGGAGUGAAAUCCUGGAGUCCUAGUCACAUCCUUGAUUUCAGUGAUCUUUCUAUGGUAAUUGCUGGCCUUGAGAUGCAUAUUGAUAGCAGACCACUCAUUUAGAAAGUGUAUGUGAGAAGUAAAAAGAGUAUUGCGAUCCUAUUUUUGACUUGAUACCAAUUUAUUUAGAGGUGUUUACAGGCGAUUCAUAUCUCCUUAAGCAAUUUUUAGAAAGUUACAAACUUCCUUUUGCUUGCAACAUAUUGAAGUGCAAGUCAACAGAGGGUGGUCAAAAGUUUGGUUGACUUUCAUAUGUUGCAUGUAAGUGACACUCUCCAUAAUUCUCUUACAUAACUAAUUUCUUAUCGACAUGAAGUAUUUCAAUUUGAAAUAGAUGGAUUUAUAUGAAAAUAUGAACUAAUAUACCUAAUUACCGGUGACUCUGAUAAGGCUGCAGACCCAAAUCCACAUAGACUUACUGGCUAGACUCUAGAAGUCUAUUUUACAGAACUUAGUCUACAAAAGUUAGACCCUGUUUGGGGUGGUCAAAAGUUUGGUUGACUUUCAUAUGUUGCAUGUAAGUGACACUCUCCAUAAUUCUCUUACAUAACUAAUUUCUUAUCGACAUGAAGUAUUUCAAUUUGAAAUAGAUGGAUUUAUAUGAAAAUAUGAACUAAUA